CCGCUGACAAAAACAGUGGGAGGUUCCCGGAAAACUCGCUAAGCGGAAGGGAAGGCCAGACACCAAGAAGCAGAAGACAGCAGCUGCCGAUGAGGCCGAAGAAAGAAGAAAAAGUCAUCUCCCACUUGUGAAGUGCUGUCCUCCUCCAGAAAUACUGCCUGCAUGACCUGAGCCUACCUGUGUUCAUCCUUCUGCAAAAAAAAAACAAAACAAACUAAGCCUCUCUUCAUCAAUCCUCCCCUCCCCCCCAACACACAUUUUUUUUCCCACCUAAUUUUCCACGCUGCAAUAUGGCAGGGCGAGGUGGACCCGCACGGACCAACGGCGCUGCUGCAAGCAACAAGAUCUGUCAGUUUAAGCUAGUGCUACUCGGAGAGUCGGCAGUAGGGAAGUCCAGCCUGGUGCUGCGCUUUGUCAAGGGUCAGUUUCACGAGUACCAAGAGAGCACCAUUGGAGCUGCCUUCCUCACACAGACAGUAUGUUUGGAUGAUACAACAGUAAAGUUUGAGAUCUGGGACACCGCAGGACAAGAACGGUAUCACAGCUUGGCACCUAUGUACUACAGAGGAGCCCAGGCUGCCAUUGUGGUCUUCGACAUCACCAACACAGACACCUUCACACGUGCGAAGAACUGGGUUAAGGAGCUUCAGCGACAAGCCAGCCCCAACAUUGUUAUUGCACUAGCAGGAAACAAAGCCGACCUGGCCAACAAGAGAGCCGUCGAAUUCCAGGAAGCACAAACAUAUGCGGACGACAACAGUUUGCUCUUUAUGGAAACUUCAGCCAAGACCGCAAUGAAUGUUAAUGAGAUUUUUAUGGCCAUAGCCAAGAAGCUUCCGAAGAACGAGCCUCAAGGUGGAGCGGGGCCAGGUGGACGGGCCAGAGGUGGCGUGGACCUGCAGGAAACCGCUCCACAGGGCCGAAGCAGCCAGUGCUGUGGGGGUGGGAACUAACUAACUAACUCAGUCAGCUGAUCCAACCCAUUUACAGCUUCGAUCAAUCACACCAGAUAUUAGCCAGCUGUAAAACGAUGCCCCGUUGGUCAAACAAACCAAACCACUAAAAGACCAACUUGUCCUCUCGGCACCAAUUAACUGUUUGGAAAAAAAAAUUGAGCAUACUGGCCAGUAGAUUGCCAGAUCCCACUGAUGGUCCCAGCUUGAUGAACCUGCCAAAAAUACCAAGAAAUCAACCUACAGGCUCAAUCACAGAAUCAUGUCUUUCACCCCUGGACUCACCUGUCCAUUACCUUUUUGAUGACGGACACAUGACGUCACCUUGGAGGGAAAAACAAAAUCCAAUUCAUGGAAGGAAAGCGGUCAUUAACCAUUGCCUCCAACGGAGCUAUCUUGUCCACUGUUCUGUGUUUGUAUUGAGAAAAAUAAAUUAACGCAAAAGGAAGGAGUGCACGCUCCUUUUUUUACUAGGACUCACUUUACAACUGCACCAUACAUGUUUCCAUCAUGCUAUUAUGUUGAAGAAAGGUGCAUGCAGAGUCUUAAAGGAAUCAGAUCUAUAGAAUUGAGCUGUGUAAAUUGAAUGAUCUCUAUUAAUAAAGUUUUAUUUUUCUUUUGGCACAGACUGGACAGUAUGAUUUAAAACCUGUCAUAAGGUUUUAGUCCUUUAUCUAUGUUAUCAAAGCGUAUACAACAAAUGCAUCUUUAUUAACAAUUUCACCUGUAUGUAAUUUUAGCAUUAAUGUAAUGUUUUUGAUUUAUCAGUGUAAAAAUGGGAGAUGUGUAAAGUUCUUUUUUGUUUCUUGACCAAAAUCACAACUGCAUAUAAGACUUAUUUCUGUAUUUGUAAGACUUUGGAAGUUUGCAAUCGAUCUGUAGUUACUGUCUAAAAAAAAAAAA